AUGAGCCAGCGCCCGACGUUCCACUACGACGCCGGCGCGCGAUCCCGCGACCGCGACGUCGCGUUCAACGACGUCGCCGCGGGCGCGGCGUCCCCGCACGCGCCCGUCCGGAUGGCGCACCGCGCGGUCGCCUCCGACGUGUACACCCAGAUGCUGAUCCACUACAACGCGUACUUCGCGCUCGCGUGGUGGAUCGCGACAGUGACGAGCACGCUGUUCAAGACCAAGGGGAGCGCGACGGACGACGACGACGUGCGGCCGGUGAUGAUCGCGAUGUUCAUGAUCUUCGAGCCGUGCCGUCUGUACUGCGGCUACGCGGGGAACUUGCAGGAGAAGAUUCCGCUCAUGGCGGGGUUCGUGCUUCUGUCCUUCUUCGUCGUGCUGCCGCUGCACGCGUACUUUUGGUGGGGGCAAGACGACGCGUCGCCGUUCGAUAAGUCGUUGAACAACUUCGCGUGCGUGUUGAUAUUCUUAGAGUGCAUCACGGGGGUGAACGCCGCGAGGAAGACGCUCGCGGCGCAGAGUUUGGCGUUUUACAUGAGCGGCGGCGUCGACGGGCGGUGA